GAAAAUCUCUUUCUUGGGUGAGUUUUGGUAUUACUUUUAAUGCUAGAUAUUUUCUUUUGCAGCAUCUCGUGGAAAUAUCAUCUCUGACGAUCCAUUUUACAUGGAAUCCACCUCAGAGGAAAAAGAAAUGUUAGUACUAAAUGACCCUCAUGCAGUGCAGAACGAUAUUCUUAACCCUCGAAGUAAUUACAAGUGGGCGGUAAAUAAUAAAGUUCCUAAAAAUGGCCGUAAAAACAAAGUGAAAGAGACCGAGUUUAUAGUAACUGAAACUGGUGAAUUCCAGUGUCUUCAAUGUGAAUUUGAUGUCACGAAGGGGCUACAGCGUAGGCACAAAAUGGUUCAACAUAUUCUUAGUGAACACCGUGACGUCAAGAAGUUGCACCAGUGUCCCCAUUGCCCCUUUAAGAGCCCAUACGGUCUAAACAGUCACAUUUUGUCUAAACAUACCAGUGAGAAAGAUAUUCAUUGGAUUAAGUGUGAUAAGUGUGAUUAUAAAUGCAAGAAGAAACAUCAAUUGAACAAACAUUCGAUAGUUCAUUACAACGAUGGGGAUUUGCCACUGAUAGAAUUAUUGGAAAAAAACAAAGUAGUUUGUGAAAUAUGCGGAUAUACAUCCCAUUCAGCAACCAAGUUGAGGCUUCAUCAAAUAACUCAUCAAAAAAAGAUUGAUGAAAAAGAAUUGAAAUAUCGAUGCCAUAAAUGCGAUUAUAAAACCUACCGGUUGUAUAGUUUCAAGAUUCAUAAAUUAAACCAUCUAAAACCCAGUCAAAUCAAAUAUUUCUAUUGUUACCAUUGCGAUUUCAAAGGAAAGCGCAAAGAUAACCUGAAAACGCACAUCCUGAGACACUUUAAAAAGGAAGAGGUGACCCUAAAGUGCUACUUAUGUGAGUUUUCAACAAAAAAAAGACAAUCGUUGACUGAUCAUCUUAGCAUGAAGCACACAAAUAAAAAUCAAUAA